CUUGUCUCGGCUACUAUACUCGAUCGCGGCAAGCGUAGAGUUUGCUAUGACAGACCGCUGGAGUGACCGCAGGAUGGAACGCGUGUUUCAAUGUUUGGGUAGUUGGGAGGAAGGAUGUGGUUCUCUCCUUUCCAUGCAGCUUGACUGCUCUCCCUUGAUACCGCCUGAAGGGCUACGUCGUACAUGUAAGGAACCCCGACUCAUUGGACCCUCACCAUAGACGCAAAGACCAAGGCCGACAUCUUGCAUACCUUAGCUCGUAGUGAAGGAACAGUGAUACCGGAGUUGACUACGAGCGCGUAUUACAGCGGGCUCCCGCCGCUCUUACCUUUACCGUUUGGCCUCGCCCUUAGACCGCCUUGUUCAAGCUAUCACUCGACUACUCUUUCGAUCUCACUUCACCUGCACAAUAACCAACCACAACACCUGACACGCUUCCAACCACCUUCGCGAAACACCAUAGCGUCUUCCGAACUCUACACCAGGCCCACCAUGAUCUUUACCAUCGCUGCCUGGGCUCUUGCCUGCUUCUUGUCAACUACCAUCGCUCUGCCAGCAACCCCAGACAUUAAUCCACGAGCUUGCGUCAACCACCUCUCGAACCCAUCCUUUGAGACCGGCAGCCUCGACCCAUGGCUUCCGAUUGUAGAGUCUGCGUGGUCCCCCAACCGCGGUGUGGUCCCCGGGCCUACCCCCAACGGCAGCGGCAAAUACUACUACUACGCGCAGGCCAUUUCCACCGUCGAAGCCACCCUCACCAUGUCCCAGUCGGGCAUCAUGCUGCCCGUUGGCAGUACUGCAGACUGCUAUACCUGGGUCGCGGGUCGGCGGAGCGAGAACGUCACCAAGGUCACAGUCUUCCUCGACGGCGUGAUCUGUGGAACUGAUGAGCUCAAGGUUGGAGACACAAGCUGGAAGAGAGUUGGCUCCAAGGUCAAGGUCGCAGGUGGUGUGCCUGGCAUGGGGAGUGCAAUGGCGGUGGUUGCGACGAGCAAGAGCGCGGGAGACGACGGCUGGGAUAUCUCGAUUGACGACAUGGGGGUCGUGAGCUGCUGAGGACAGUGUUGGAGCUUCUCUUUCAUAUUUGAUCUCUGGAAUUGCAUAGGGGUUGCCUGACUAUCAUUACGGGUGCAUCGGUGAAAUUUAAUAUUUAGGAUAUCUGGACGGAGCAGAAAGCCUCUGCUUUGCGAUAUUGCUUCCUAACACUACUAUAUUCUUGACAAACAAUGCACUUUGAACAUCCA